AUGGUUGUUGGUGGGGGUUGUUUGGGGUUGGGAUUUUGGUGUGGGGUUGUGGGUGGUUGGGUGAUGUGUGUUGGGGGGGUGGGGUUGGGGUUUGGUGUUUUGUUGGUGGGGUUGUGGUGGUGGUGGGGUGUGGUGGUUGGUGUGGUGGGUAGUUGUGGGUUGGGGGUGUGUUGUUUUUGUGUGUUGUUUGUGUUGGUGGGGGUUGGUGUGGUUAUUGGGAUAGGGUGGGGGGUGGUUUGUUAUGUUUGUGGGGUGAGUUUUUGUUGUGGGGGUGGGGGGGUGUGGUGGGUGGUGAUGUAG